CAACGUCGGGCCGAAUGUGGGGAUCAGCUGCUGGCCGCCACGUGACCCGUCCGGGCGAUAAAUGGACGGCGCGGCGCGGCUCGGCACAGUCGCCCUCGGCACAGUCGCCUUCGCCACUCCUCCUGCACGUCCCGAGACGUCGGAGCCAGCACCCAGCACCCAGCACCGCAGCCAGCACCGAGCGCCGGCCGGAUGGAGCGCCCGCAGCCCGACAGGCAAGUGAGGGGCGCGGGGCCGGGGACCGGCCUCUCCCCGGCGGGCAGCCCCUGCCCUGCCGCCCAGCUCUGGUCUCCAGUCCCUCCCCGAGACAGAGCCGGGAAGCCACAUCGCUCACUCCCUUGGGUUUCCCAUUAAGGAGAAGCUGGGUUUCAGUCUCGUCCGGUGGGCCAGUUAGAGGGAUAAAAGGUGGCUUACCUGGCUGGCUCCCCAGCCCGGGCUGGGGGACCAGAUGGCUGUGACCCUAAGGUAUCCCAACUUUUUUUUUUCUUUUUUUUGUAUUGGACUUUUGAAUGACCUUGGAGGUGCUCUCUGCUUAAAUCUAGGAUCCCUGGGGCUGCCCAGGCUGGGUGACAGUGGCUGGUUCUCUUACCAGAGCCCCCUGGUGGCCAUGUCCUUGUGUUACUAGUUGUCCGGCACUUGAACGAAAACACCACUAUGGCUUUCCUGGCCCCAUUUUACAGAUGAGGACUUCACAGACCAGGGAGGCAACAAGCCCAAGGUCCCCUUGGCUAGCAGGUGUCUGAGCUGGGAUUUGAACCACCGUCUGUCCGCCUCCCAGUCUGGCUCCUUCCCUUCUCCCAGGAGUUCAAUGAACAUUUACAGAACAGGGGGUGAUGUUUCUGGAAGGGGGGGUGCGGGAGAGAAAGGAGAAAUGACAGUUCUGCGGGAAGUGGAUACAGACAUAUGGCAGAAAUACUCCCAGAAAGGGAUUCUUUUGAGUAACGCAGAGUUUCACAGGCUUUUUAAACCAAGCACUUUUAUGAUGCGCAUAACAUUUAUUUUUUAUUUAAAAAAAAAUUUUUUUUAACGUUUAUUUAAUUUUGAGACAGAGAGAGACAGAGUAUGAACAGGGGAGGGGCAGAGAGAGAGGGAGACACAGAAUCUGAAAUGGGCUCCAGGCUCUGAGCUGUCAGCACAGAGCCCGAUGCGGGGCUCGAACUCACAGACCGUGAGAUCAUGACCUGAGCCGAAGUCGGACGCUUAACCGACCGAGCCACCCAGGCGCCCCAUUUUUUUUUUUUUGAUGCGCGUAACAUUUUAAGAGAUUUGUACCUGAAACGUCAACAAAACAAUUGAAUUAAAUCUUGGGUCCAAAGCCAAUGCAAGCAGUGAUGAUGUAGAAUAUGAAUGUUCGUAUUUCUGGGGGCCACUUCUCCCCGGGCAUUGCAAACUGCACCCCCCCCUUUUCGCCAAUAACUUGGUAUCAGGGUUUCCCAGUCAGUUGUAGGACCUGAAGCGCGUUGAUGGGGCUGUUUGGAAGGCAGUUGGGAAGGAAGGUGGCCUAUGUAUUAGAUGGCAGGUUGGAGCGAUUUCUGCAGAGGAGUCUGAUCGCUCUCUGAGGCCUGCUGAGAGGCAGAUGGCAGGCUCAGAAGCUCAGCGUGGGGAUGAACCCUGCUCAGAGCCACUCUUAUUCACCCUCCCCCUCUCUCCCUCCCUCCCCCCUCCCCUCUGCAGCAUGCCCCAAGAUUUGUCAGAGGCCCUGAAGGAGGCCACCAAGGAGGUGCACGUCCAGGCAGAGAAUGCCGAGUUCAUGAAGAACUUUCAGAAGGGCCAGGUGACCCGGAAAGGAUUUAAGCUGGUGAUGGCCUCCCUGUACCACAUCUACGUGGCUCUGGAGGAAGAGAUCGAGCGCAACAAGGAGAACCCCGUCUAUGCCCCCCUCUACUUCCCCGAAGAGCUGCACCGCAGGGCCGCCCUGGAGCGGGACAUGGCCUUCUGGUACGGGCCCCGCUGGGAGGACGCCAUCCCCUACACGCAGGCCACCAGGCGCUACGUGCGGCGGCUCCACGAGGUGGGGCGCAAGGAGCCGGAGCUGCUGGUGGCCCACGCCUACACCCGCUACCUCGGCGAUCUGUCUGGGGGCCAGGUCCUCAAGAAGAUUGCUCAGAAGGCCCUGGACCUGCCCAGCUCCGGGGAGGGCGUGGACUUCUUCACCUUCCCCAACGUCGCCAGCGCCACCAAGUUCAAGCAGCUGUACCGCUCCCGUAUGAACACUCUGGAGAUGACCCCCGAGGUCAGGCAGAGGGUCAUCGAAGAGGCCAAGGCUGCGUUCCUGCUCAACAUUCAGCUGUUUGAGGAGCUGCAGGAGCUGCUGGGCCAGGACGCCGAGGACCAGAGCCCCUCACAGGCACCGGGGCUGCGCCGGCGGGUCGGCAGCGGGGCGCGAGAUGCUGCUCUCACGGAGACUCCCAGAGGGAAGCCCCAGCUGAACCUUCUCUCCCAGGCGCCGCUCCUCCGAUGGGUCCUUACCCUCAGUUUUGUGGUGGCAACGGUUGCUGUGGGGCUUUAUGUCAUGUGAUUGCAAGGGUGCUGGCCCCUCAGGCUGUGAACUCUGUCCCACCGAGGGCCCUCUUUCUGGAGAGGGCACGUCUCUUGGCUGGCUUCCUUACUGUAGGCAAGGGGGGCUGUCUGGGCCCCCCGCCUGCCCUGUCCCUGCGUCCCUCUCUCUCUGGAAAGGGAGGAAGAGCCUGCGGCAUCUUCCCCAACCGAAAGCACAUCCAACUCAAUGACUUGCACUUCCAAACUGGGAUGAGGGGUCCUGCCUGGACCCUCAGCAGCCCCCGUUCCUGCAGCAGAGCCCAGAAGACAUGGCCAGAAGUGGCAGCUGUCUUGAACCUCCCCAUGCCCCGAGUUCGCGGUCUCCUUGACACGCCAUGACCGCUUGCCCCGUGGGCCAUGGCAAUUUUUAUACAAACGUGCAAAGAUGUUGUGUCUUGUGUUUGUCUUGUUUUUGUCGGAGCCACUUUGUGUUCCUGGCUCAACGUGAACUGUGGUAUUUUGUUGUGUUCUGUUUUUAUAGCGGGGGUGGGGCGAGUUUGGGUGGGGGGGGUGGGGAGGGAGGUGUUUUAACGACACUGUGGCCUUGGUCGCUAACUUUUGUGUGAAAUAAUAAACUACAUUGCCUGAU